UACAUAUAUACAUAUUUGAAGUUCUUCAAUCAAAAAACAAUGUCCAAGUUGCUGACGGCGUGUCCCGACGAGCUGCCGAAUCCCCACAAGGGCUGCAUCCGCGAGAUGCUUGACACGCUGAUCUGCAAUGAUAACGAUGUGAAGCGUUUGAAUACGGAGUUACGGAACAUUCAGCUGGAGCUUAAGGCAGAACUGGCCAAGAAGGAGGUGAAAUGUGGCGAUGAGAAGAAUAGGCUGGUUUGCGAGAGCAUGGAAGAUUUGACGGCUUUUGCGCAAAAGAUCGCCAGUGUGGAUGAGAUAAAGCACCAUUAUACCAAAAUGUGCGAGGACAUAAGGAAGCGACGCGACAACAUUAUCCUUUAUGCCCGACAAUGCAUGCAGGCCUACAAUGAGGAGAAGUGCAAGUUCAAGUCCUUCCACGAGAAUACCAUUGAUUAUAUAAAGCGUACGGCCACUUUGUCGCAGGAUCGUGCGGUCAUUGCCAAUUGCGAGCGGGAUAUCUGUGAGAUGCACAAACGAUUCGUCAAGGAGGUUGGAAACAUAAAGCGCUGCGAGAACGAACUGAAUCCGUUCUUCCAGCUGCUCAAGCAGUCCGAUCCGAACACCUAUUGUGAGUGCUGCUGUUUCAAGGAAUACGAUUGGUUGCCGCAGGGAAAGAAGAUGGAUGCGGUUGGCAACAUGGGCGACGAGUUGAAGGAGCAGAUGGGCCAGGUUUUGGUCAGAGCCUUCGCUCAGCUGCAUAUGCAUAUGCCGCAGGAUCCACGCAGUUUCAUUGCCUCGUAUCUCAUGAAUUUGGAUCGCAACGAACAGGAAAUGAAGGAGAAACUGGACAUAUUCCAGAAACCCGGCAAGAACGAUCCCGAGUUCAAGGAUCCCACUUUUCGCUGUGAAGGCAACUGCGUACGCGAAUGAUGCUCAAGAACUAAUUUCUAAAUUAAAAUUAUUCUGUUAAUAAUUAGUUAGUGCCAUUGUUUUUAAAGUAGGGCAGGAAAUAGAAGGUAUCUUUUAGAUUGUUAAAAUUUAAUAAAUCAAUAUUAAAUAACAUAA